AUGAAGAUCAAGCAAGAGCUAUUUAUGAUUUCCGUUUACAUACUGACGACUGCAACUUGUACGGAUGAUUAUAAGUACGAUGGAGUGAAGAAGAUGCCGCAAGAAUAUAUAAGUACAGUCAUCAGAUGUCAUUACAUCGAAAGAGAUGCUUACGCUUCGAAGGAAGGAAAGGAUAUUUCGUCGAGGAUAUUUACAGGACUUCAAUAUUCGGAUGCUCUCGCAACUGAAGCGAAGCUAGCGAUACACAGGAAAAGCAAGCAUAAACGUGAUAAAUGCACUGUAAAGAAGCUCUCACCCAAAACAUUCGAAAAUCAGUCACCUUUGGCAUUCUGUAAAAUCGUUGUUACGUGGUUUGAAACAGAACAAAGGAAAAACGGCGCAUUUGCAAAGAUGAUGCGAGGAUCUCCUACGAGAUUCGGCUGUGCAGUGAAUUUCAGAAGGGAUAAGUUUCAAGUCGUUUGCUUGUACAGUAGAAUCUGUCAGAGAAGUACAGAUCAAGGAUGUAUGAAAGGAAAUAUUUGCGAACCACCGCCUCGAAAAAAGUGA